AUGUCUGCCUGCUCUGAAUACUACCCUACCGAACCUAGUUCUCCAGUCGUGACGACUGCCAGUGUUCCUGGCCCACAGUCUGUCCAAGGUUUGGAAACGCUUGGUCAGGUCUUUGACGCGAGACCAGCGUAUUUCUUGGCGGACUACGAAAAAUCGCUGGGUAAUUAUAUUGUGGACGCGGAUGGCAAUGCCUUUUUGGACGUGUACGCUCAAAUUGCGUCGAUCGCGCUCGGCUACAACAACCCCAAGCUGAUCGAGGCCGCCAAGUCGCCUGAGAUGAUUCGGGCUUUGGUUGACCGCCCGGCUUUGGGGAACUUCCCUUCUAAGGACCUAGCUCCAAUUUUGCAAAAGAUUUUGGAUUUUGCUCCAAAGGGCCAGGACAAGGUCUGGUCGGGUCUCUCUGGCGCAGACGCCAACGAGUUGGCGUUCAAAGCAGCCUUUAUGUACUACCGUGCCAAGCAAAGAGGCUACAACGCUGCUUUUUCCGCUGAGGAAAAUACCACAGUCAUGCAGAACGCGCAACCGGGAUCUCCUCAAUUGGCCGUCUUGUCUUUUAAGAAAGCUUUUCACGGGAGACUUUUUGCUUCCGGUUCGUCCACCUGUUCCAAGCCCAUCCACAAGCUUGACUUCCCUGCUUUUGAGUGGCCGCACGCUGAAUACCCAUACUAUGCGUUCCCCUUGGCCGAGAACGAGGCUGCCAACCGUGCCGAGGACGACCGCUGUUUAAAAAUUGUGGAAGACCUCAUCACAUCAUGGCCUACUCCCGUGGCAGCUUUGAUCGUCGAACCCAUUCAAUCUGAGGGUGGCGACAACCAUGCUUCCACUUACUUCUUGCAGAAGCUGAGAGAUUUGACUUUGAAGCACGGUGUUGUGUAUAUCAUCGAUGAGGUCCAAACAGGUGUCGGUGCCACAGGUAAGGCUUGGUGCCACGAAUGGGCCGACAUUCAACCACCAGUUGAUCUGGUCACCUUUUCCAAAAAAUUUCAAAGUGCUGGCUACUUUUUUCAUGACCCACUAUUUGUACCUAAUCAGCCUUACAGACAAUUCAACACCUGGUGUGGUGAGCCAGCCCGUAUGAUUAUUGCCGGUGCCAUUGCGCAGGAGGUUACCGAUAAGAAUCUGAUCCAGCAGGUAUCUCGUGUCGGCGACUACCUUUUUGGCAAGCUGGAACAGCUCCAAUCUCAGAACCCUGAUAAAUUUCAGAGAUUGAGAGGUCAACACAGAGGCACAUUCAUUGCUUGGGACUUACCAUCGUCUGCCCAGAGAGAUGCCUUGCUCAAGUCUUUAAAACAGAAAGGAUGCAACGUCGGUGGGUGCGCUGAGAAAUCUGUCAGGCUCAGACCAACGCUUACUUUUGAAGAGAAGCAUGCUGACAUUCUCUUGGAAGCACUCACUCAGGCAGUUGCUGAACUAGAGAAUUGA